AUGUUAUUCCAAACUCUGUCAUCACUUGCUCUGGCAAGCGCUGCGCUGUGCGCUCCCACGAUAAACGCACUAGGCCGCCGGGGUGAAGUAGACCACGACUCGCUUAAUCCGAUCGCAACAAGAGUUCAGAGCGGUCCCCUCGGUGCUGCCAUAGAAAAGUUCAACCCUCGCCUUCACAUUGCCUCCGGCUGCCAGCCAUACACCGCCGUGGAUGAUUCCGGCAAUACCAACGGUGGUUUGAAGCCAAGUGGAAGCCAGACCGGCGGCUGUGAAGACACCACCAAGGGUCAAACCUACGCAAGAGCAACACAGUCCAACGGCAAUGUAGCAAUCAUGUAUUCGUGGUACAUGCCAAAAGACCAGACGAUCGAUGACGUCUCGACCGGGGCGCAUAGACACGACUUUGAGAACGUGGUGAUCUGGCUGAGCAACGACACGACGACCGUGCUCGGCGGUGCAGCGUCAGGCCACGGCUCGUACAAGAUCACAUCUGGCGCCGUCCCCGGGGGCGACAGCCCGACUGUCGAGUAUUUCGCGACUUUUCCGACAAACCACGAGUUGCAAUUCACCCAAACAGUAGGAAACACUUACCCUGUCUCGGACUGGGAUGCCAUGCCGGAUGCUGCAAAAAGUGCUUUACAGAACACAGACUUCGGGUCGGCAAACCCGCCUUUCAAAGACGGGAGUUUCGAAGAUAAUCUUGCCAAGGCGGCGUUACAAUAG